AAAAAUGGGAGUAUCUAGCGAACAAAUGAAAGAAAUAAAAAUAGUUAUAAUUAUAUCCUAAUUAAAAAUACAUACAGACUAAGUGUGUAAUCGUUUGUAUAAAAUUUUAAAAAUACAUACAAAAUAUUUAUAAUUUUAUACACAAUGGUUUGUAUUAAAUUUCUUGGAAAUUAACUGGUAAUUUCAUUACCGUUAUGCGUUAACUAAGUGUGCAAUCUUUUCCUCUAUAAAACUAAACUCAUGUUGGCUAUAGACUACUAAAUGCUCCCAAACUCAAAAGCUUAUAAAGAAUUUAAAGAUGAAUAGAAUCUUGAGAAAACUAUCGUGCGUUAAGACAAAAGUUAAAACUUCACUGCGACUAUUCGAAUCCAGGUCAUCACUGUCUUCUUCCUCUUCUGCCUCUUUUACUCCCAAGAGGUUCGACGUCUUUCUAAGCUUCAGAGGCGCAGAUACUCGCAGGAAGUUCGUUAGCUUUCUGUACAAUGAUCUAGAGGCUAAAGAGAUUCGAACGUUCAAAGACGACAAGGAACUGGAGAGUGGCCGUCCUAUUCCACCGGAGCUUAUCCAAGCCAUCAAAGGAUCAAAAAUCGCGGUCGUGGUGGUCUCUGCGACUUACCCUGCCUCCUACUGGUGUCUAGAGGAGCUCGUGAAGAUUCUGAAGUACGAGAGAAAGGGUUUGCUCAAAGUGCUGCCUGUUUUCUACGAGGUUGAUCCUUCUCACCUGAGGUGGCAGAUCGGAGAAGUUGCGAAACAGUUCAAGAAACAUGAGAAGAGACAAAGCAAAGAGAGGGUCAAGUCUUGGAGGGAUGCGUUGGCUUAUUUGGCUAAUCUUUCUGGCGAAUGUUCCAAAAAAUGGGAUGAUGACUCGAAGCUUGUCGAUGGAAUCACGGAGAAGAUAUCAAAGAUGUUGUUCUCAACAACACCUACAAAUGGUAACAACCUAAUAGGUAUCGACCAACACAUGGACGAGUUGUAUCCACUACUGGACCUAAACUCAAACCAAGGUGUUAGAGUGAUUGGUAUAUGGGGAAGAGGAAGCAACGGAAGAUCAGUACUGGCAAGACACGUCUACGAAAACAUCUCACAUAACUUUGACGCUCAUUGUCUUCUCGAAGACGUGAGAAGGGUUUCAAGACACUGCCGCAGAUCUCAUCUUCAAGAAGAGCUUCUUUCCAAGAUGCAAGGAGAAGGCCUGGGCGCAAAGACAAGGUGUCUUAACGCAAUCAAAGCAAGGCUCAGGAACAAGAAGAUUCUGCUUGUGGCUAACGACGUAGACAAGAUCAAACAGUUAGACGCGCUUGCGGAGGAGUUUAGCUGGUUUGGUCCAGGGAGCAGAAUCAUCAUAACCACACAAGAUAGACAACUGCUUAGUUCAUCUGGUGUGACGAGUGUCUAUGAAGUUGAGAUCUUGAGAUGCUAUGAAGUUCGUCAGCUCUUCAGGUCAGAAGCAUUCAGGCAGAGAGAUGAUCCUAAAGUUCGUCAGCUCUUUAGGUCAUUAGCAUUCACACAGAGACACGAACAUGUUGGUUUGGAAGAGCCUACAUAUAGACCCAUGGAUCUUCCUGGUAUUAACUUUUUUUUUACCCUCAAAUAUUUGUUGGCUUUGUUGUGUGAUAGAGGCCAGCUUAGGGAAAGACUAGAAGCAAUGAUAUAUAGUCUUUAGAUUGAGUAAUCAUUAAUUAAACUGAUGUGUUUGUUUGUUCUUUGGUAACUUAGUCUUACUAAUGUUAAGCCAUUCUUUGUAUGUGCUAUGUUCUUUCUGAUGAGAAAUAAAUAAUACACCAUUCUUUAAAGAUUUAUCUGUACAACUGGGACUGCUUGUGGCGGACAUUG